UGAAGGCGGCGACAAACCUGAUAUUUUACUGAAAUUAAGGACAGUGAAGCAAGAGUCUUUAGCUCAAGUUUCCCUUUCGUCCAGGAAGAUGAAAUCCCGCAUUCAUUAGCUUGGAGAGCGAAGAGCUCAACCAUUUAACCAUUAUUGGACACACCCUAACCAAAUCUAGGUGUUUAGAUUCUAGGCAUCUACAUAAGUUGUUCACAAAUGGGCUUUCUCCAUUUCCAACUAGUGAUUCUAACAACUUCAUUAACAACUCUUCUCCCAUUGCUUCUUCAUUUUCCUAUCAUUUUAAUUGACUUCAUCACCCACGACAACAGGUAUAGAGGUUGUACUAUUGACAACACUAACUAGAAACGGUCAUGUACAUGUCAUGUCAGUGAAGUUCUAUUGCUCUCAUGUGACCAUAACUCUUCAUUAUAAAUGUUGACUUGGUGUCAAUAAAGACCCAGUGAAGAAAACUCUCAGACAAAAUGGUUGCAUGAUCCCACAGUAGACCCUCUUCUUCAUGGCUUUGAAGUCUUACUUCCGAAUAUGUUGAUAUUAUAAUCUGCUUCUUCGAAGAUACUAGUCUUGGUCAGUAUCCUCCCACUAGAGGAAAAGUGCCCAGACAAUAUUAGAAGUGCUCUGCAACACUCCACUCGGGCCUUCUCAUCGUUUAAACUAGCAUCAAGUGCCACGGUGUCAUAUCAGGAGCCCUUCUCUAUAUUAAAGAUGAUUUCGAGGAAGUCAGAAACAGUAAUUUCCUACAGGAAACAAUUGUCAGCAUGGCAAUUGCUGGUGCAAUCGUUGGAGCAGCGGUAGGUGGUUGGAUGAAUGAUGCCUUUGGACGAAAGAAGGCCACCCUCUUUGCUGACAUUAUAUUUACUCUUGGAGCCAUUCUCAUGGCUGCUGCACCUGAUCCUUAUGUGCUCAUACUCGGGCGUCUUCUCGUUGGCUUGGGUGUUGGUGUUGCUUCUGUUACUGCUCCUGUCUACAUUGCAGAAGCAUCACCGUCUGAAAUAAGAGGAUCUUUGGUAAGCACAAAUGUGCUCAUGAUCACUGGUGGACAGUUUCUUUCCUACCUCGUCAACCUUGCUUUUACCGAGGUUCCUGGAACGUGGCGAUGGAUGCUGGGAGUAUCAGGUGUGCCAGCAAUUAUUCAGUUUGUUUGCAUGCUCUUUCUUCCUGAAUCCCCAAGAUGGCUAUUUAUAAAGAAUAGGAAAAAUGAAGCUGUUGAUGUGCUUUCUAAGAUCUAUGAUCUUGCUCGCUUAGAGGAUGAAGUUGAUUUCCUCACAGCUCAAUCGGAGCAAGAUCGCCAGAAAAGGAGUAAUGUCAAAUUCUGGCUUGUUUUUCGAUCAAAAGAAAUCAGAUUGGCUUUCCUUGUUGGAGGAGGACUUCUGUUUUUUCAGCAGUUCACAGGUAUAAACACGGUCAUGUACUACAGCCCAACAAUUGUCCAGAUGGCAGGCUUCCAUGCCAAUCAGUUGGCUCUAUUGCUGUCCCUCAUUGUUGCUGGCAUGAAUGCUGCCGGAACAGUGCUUGGCAUUUACCUAAUUGACCAUGCGGGGCGAAAAAAAUUGGCCCUUUGCAGCUUAGCAGGGGUAAUCGUAUCUUUGGUCCUGUUGGCCUUUGCAUUCUUUAAGCAGUCAACAUCUUCAAGUGAGGUGUAUGGAUGGAUUGCAGUUGUGGGUUUAGCCCUGUACAUUGGAUUUUUCUCACCAGGAAUGGGGCCUGUGCCUUGGACUGUAAACUCUGAGAUAUACCCGGAAGAAUAUAGAGGCGUGUGUGGGGGCAUGUCAGCUACCGUUUGUUGGGUGUCAAACUUGAUUGUGUCAGAGACCUUCCUCUCAAUUGCUGACGGUAUAGGGAUCGCUUCCACAUUCUUGAUUCUUGGUGCCAUAGCAGUGGUUGCAUUUAUAUUUGUUAUUCUGUAUGUUCCAGAGACCAAAGGAUUGACAUUUGAUGAGGUAGAAGUAAUAUGGAAGGAGAGAGCUUGGGGCAAGACCCCCAAUCCAAACACACAUAGACUUCUAGAGGAGGGAAGUCACUCCUAGGUUCAUAUAUCAUGUCAUCUACCCAAAGCAUUUCUCAGAGCACAUUUGCAAUAGCUGAGUUAGUCUUUUCUGCACUAGUCUCAGCAUAUGUAUUUAUAUCCCUCCCCCAAGGCUUUGGCCUCUUGUAACUAAAAGGGAGAGCAUUCCAUUUCAUGUCUGCAAAAAUCUUAUGAAUCUUGUGUUUGUUGGGAUAAAUAUCUUUAUAUGCGCGUGUUGGAUUUGAUUAAUGUGAAGGAAAUGUUUUAAAAUUUAAAA